GCCGCCUCUCGCUCGACUCAGUUCGGCUCGCGCUCAGGAUGAACGAGAGAAAAACGCAGCCGGAGCGCUGCAGCACCCGCGGCGGCUGUACGGUGACUCUGUAUGGGGAGUUCUUAACCGUCACGAGAAACAGAAAAGUCAGGUGUGAGGUGACCCUGACCGACAAGGACCUGGUCGUCAAGGGACCCUAUCCGACACCUUUCAGAUGGAGCAAGGUGGUGCUCAACCUGAAGGACUGCAUCGGCUGCCGAGCGUAUCGCGGAGGUGACACCGCGGACCCGGCGGCGUACUUGUCAGCCUACUUCUACCCGCUCAAACGUCUGUGGAUGAGUUCCGGGAUGUCGCGGCAGAGAGUGGAGCACUGCUUUGGGUUCAACACGCUGCAGGACCCGAGUGCAAACCUGGAGGAGGCGGAGAAGUGGGCACGGAUAAUUAGGGAGCGAAGUGGCCGGCCACAGCCUCACGGAGACGGAGUUCGGACAAAUGAACUUCCUCGUCCCUGCAGGAUGAUGCUGCUGGUGAAUCCACAGAGCGGCAAAGGACAGGCGCUUUCUCUGUACAACCGCCACAUCCAACAGAUGCUGAACGAGGCCGGCGUCCAGCACACUCUGAUUAUCACUGAGCACCAGAACCACGCCCGAGAGCUGGUGAGAGAGGCCGACCUGUCGCAGUGGGACGCCAUGGUCAUCAUGUCAGGAGAUGGACUUCUGUACGAGGUUAUAAAUGGUCUGCUGACGAGACCAGACUGGGAGGAGGCCGUUCGCAUCCCUGUGGGAAUUCUUCCUGGAGGAUCAGGAAACGCUUUGGCUGCAUCGAUACAUCACUAUUCUGGAGGAUCUCCAGUGUUUGGUGAGGACCUCCUGAUCAGCUGUGGGUUCCUGCUCUGUAAAGGACUGGUGUCUCCUAUGGACCUGGUCUCCAUCCAUGUCUCCUCCACUCCCCGCAUGUUCUCCUUCCUCUCUCUGGCUUGGGGCUUUGUAGCAGAUGUGGACAUUGAGAGUGAAAAGUACCGGCACGCGGGAGCCGCCAGGUUCACCAUGGGGACGUUGGUGAGAUUGGCUUCUCUUCGCAUCUACAAGGGUAAGCUGGCUUACCUGCCCUGCACCAAAGACUGCAACAGUGAGAGGAAAGUGAAAAACGACCCAACGCUGCACUGUAACAAUCAGACCUCCUCCACCACUCCACCUCCUGCGCUGAACCAGGUGACAGACACACCCAGUAAGAACAGCUUCCACAACUCCUGUCACUCCAACAACUCCCACCAGGUCCAUAGGACAGAGAACCCACCUCACGCAAAUGCCACCACAGCUGCCCCCGGCCCCCCCGACUCUUUGCUUCUCCCCCUGGACCAGCCGCUGCCCAGUGACUGGGAGGUGGUCCAGGAGGAACAGUUUGUCCUCGUCCUGGCCAUGUACCAGUCCCACCUGGGGGAGGACAUGGUGACGGCUCCAGACGCCACCGUGGAUGAGGGCGUCAUCCACCUUUACUACGUCAGAGCUGGAAUAUCACGCAGCGCUCUGCUGCGCCUCUUCCUGGCUAUGGAGAAAGGAGCGCUUCUGUCUACGAACUGUCAGCAUCUGGUGUACACCAAGGUGCGGGCGCUCAGGCUGGAGCCGCACUCCCCCAAAGGGAUAAUAACAGUGGAUGGAGAGGUGGUGGAGUAUGGACCGGUGCAGGCAGAAGUGCACCGAGGUCUGGCCAGACUAAUCACUGGAUGCGUCGGAUAAACAACCAUCCUCAGCUUUAAUUUUGCUGCUAAGCGGGCAUUGUUUAAAAGUUACACUCCACACCGGGAGUGUAACAGGUACGGGUGUGAAGGACGCAGGUGUCAGCCUCUCAGCGCUGCACACACACUAACGUCUUUCCUCCAACUACUGUGACGUUUCAGGUAAAGUUUUUGUGGAGUCCUAGAGGUUUUGAUGUGAGAAGGAAAGUGGUGACCGACGGUGUAGAACCUGCUGGUUCUCACUACCUUUUUUUUGAAUUGCACAGCUGCUCUCUGUGUAUCUGUUUUUAUCUGUGAUCUCUU